AUGCCGUUUCAAGUACGCGGCGCAACAGUCUCUCCCGAUCCGCAGGAGGAGGAGCUCGAUGCAGAUUUGCAAACUAUUCGCGCAGAGAUACGCGCUCUUCAAUGCCGAAAACGUUAUCUAGCAUCGAGUCUACUAUCGUCCGACUCCAUCCAAAGGCUCAUGCGCAAGCCAUCGCAAACAGCAUUCACAUCUCUGCACGAGGAAGUUUCCCCUCUGGUCAAAGCAGCGGGAUCACACGCAGAUUUAAAUCACCACCGCAUUGCAUUCGGUACAACCGCUUUCCCAUUUAAGGAUCCCUCGCCGAACGCGUCCUCUGAAACGCUCCUUGGUGUUCGCAUCGAUGUGUGUGUGCGUGGAGGCCGGUUCGCCAAGCCGUACUAUGUCUUGUUGAACAAGGAACGUGGGCGUGGAGUUCGGGAGAAACGAUUGACAGUUCAUCGGCAUACGAUUCCCGCAUUUAUUGAUCUACCGCGGCUGGAGAAUGUUUACUUGUCGCCGACUAGGUCGAAGACAGGGGUGAACGAAGAGGAUGGAGAAAGGACUGGUGCGCCUAGGGGACAGAAAUACGCACGAAGCCAAGAUCUCCGGGGAUUUGUCCGGGAGUUGCGCUGCGAGCUGACGGCAUGGCAUCUCCGCAGGGACGCGGUGGAGCUGUUGCGCGAAAAGCUCGGUCUCAGCGAAGCGUUGCUGAUUGAUCCAGCGGACCGAUUGACACCCGAGGCAAGAGGUGGGAUCAUUGCACUGGAGUCAACGUCGACGGAGGCACGAUACUUGAGACUGGAGUGGGAAGAUGGGCGAGUUGGGCGGUUGAAAUUGUCAAACUCCGGAAUUGUGGAGCGAGCUGUGGUCAUUGGGGAUAAUGGACGAGACAAGGUCACAGAGGAUGCGAUGACCAGUAGUGGUGGUCGGAUCGAGACUCUUCUUGAGCGGCUCAAGGACCGCAUUGGCGCUUUUUGA